UUCCUUUUACCUCCAUUGACAUCUUCCAGCUUUGCACAAUUCUACUGCUGGUAGAAGAAACCUAUGGAUCUGGGAGCCUCAGGAAAUGGCUCAGUUGUGACUGAGUUUGUCCUGCUAGGCCUAACAGAGACUCCAGCUCUACAGCUCAUCCUCUUUGCCAUCUUUCUUCUUGCUUAUGUGGCUACUGUUGGUGGCAAUUUCAGCAUCCUGGCUGCCAUUCUUGUUGAGCCCAAACUCCACACCCCUAUGUACUUCUUCCUGGGGAACCUGUCCCUGCUGGAUGUUGGGUGCAUCACCGUCACCGUCCCUGCCAUGCUGAGGCAUCUCACGUCCAAAGACAGGAGCAUUCCCUACAGAUCCUGCCUCUCACAGCUCUUCUUCUUCCACCUCCUGGCUGGGGUGGACUGCUUCCUGCUGACUGUCAUGGCAUAUGAUCGCUAUUUGGCCAUAUGCCAGCCCCUCACCUACAGUACCCGCAUGAGCUGGGGAAUCCAGCAAGCCAUGGUCGGCAUGUCAUGUGUCUUUUCCUUCUCCAAUGCACUGACCCAAACAAUUGCUUUGUCUGCUCUUAAAUUCUGUGGCCCCAAUGUGAUCAAUCACUUCUACUGUGACCUCCCACAGCUCUUCCAGCUCUCCUGCUCCAGCAUCCAUCUCAAUGAGAAGUUGCUCUUUGUAGCAGCAGCCUUCAUGGGUGUGGCCCCCUUGGUCCUCAUCACUGUGUCCUAUGCCCAUGUGGUGGCUGCUGUGCUACAAAUCCGCUCUGCCGAAGGCAGGAAGAAAGCUUUUUCUACAUGCAGCUCCCACCUCACCGUGGUGGGCAUCUUCUAUGGGACAGGUGUCUUCAGCUACAUGAGGCUGGGUUCAGUCGAGGCUUCAGACAAGGCCAAGGGGGUUGGCAUCCUCAACACUGUCAUUAGCCCCAUGCUGAACCCACUCAUCUAUAGCCUUAGGAACCCUGAUGUGCAGGGCGCCCUGCAGCGGGUGCUCAUGGGGAGAUGGCCCUCCAAAUAAGACACCCAUCCUCUGGCCUUAAGAAUAUCAUAGCUCCACUUGCUGCUUCUGAGAGGUAUUGUGGUUAGUGCAAGUGGAGCGUGGAUAAGAUAAAAUGAGAUCAGAGAUUGGCCUAUGAAGAAGAGGGCAAUGAAAAUGACAAGAAAACAAACCCAUUGUCCACAGAGUUCAUUCUGACCCAUGGUGAGCCAUGUGUUACAGAGUAGAACUGCAUUCCAUACGGUUCUCUUGGCUGUAAUAUUUACAAUAGCACAUCACCAGGUCUUUCUUCCUUGGCACUACUGGGUGUCUUUGAACCCCCAACCUUUAGGUUAGUAGUUGAACACAAACUGUUUGCACCCGCAGGGAUAAUAACUAACACUUAUAUCAGUCUUACCAUGUGCCAGAUACUGUUCUAAGCAAUUGACAUAUAUCAGCUUAUUUAACUUAAUAACAGCCCUCUGAGCUAAAUACUAUCAUUA